AGAAACCUCGAGCCAACCCCAGCCGCGAGCCUGUAUUUUCUUUCCCUAAUCCCACUUUGACGGUAGCACUUCUCGAGCCUUCAACCACAACCACCCUUUCUUGAUUGCACUGGUGAGAGCGAUCAUCGUCAGAAUCCGCAAUCAUGGGUAUUUCUCGCGACUCCCGUCACAAGCGCUCCGCGACCGGUGCCAAGCGUGCCUACUACCGGAAGAAGCGCGCUUUCGAGGCCGGCCGCCAGGAGGCCAACACGAGGAUCGGCCCCAAGCGCGUCCACACCGUCCGCACCCGUGGUGGCAACCACAAGUACCGUGCCUUGCGUCUCGACAGCGGUAACUUCGCCUGGGCCUCCGAGGGCUGUACCCGCAAGACCCGUGUCAUCGUUGUCGCCUACCACCCUUCCAACAACGAGCUGGUCCGAACCAACACCCUUACCAAGUCCGCCGUCGUCCAGAUCGAUGCCGCCCCCUUCCGUCAAUGGUACGAGGCUCACUACGGCCAGCCCAUCGGCCGUCGCCGCCAGCAGAAGCAGGCCAAGGACGAGGAGCCCGUGAAGAAGAGCAAGUCGGUUGAGUCCAAGCAAUCUGCCCGCUUCGCCGCCCAGGGCAAGGUCGAGCCCGCGCUCGAGAAGCAGUUCGAGGCUGGUCGCGUGUUCGCUGUCAUUGCCAGCCGUCCUGGCCAGAGCGGUCGCUGCGACGGUUACAUCCUCGAGGGUGAGGAGUUGGCGUUCUACCAGCGCAAGCUCCACAAGUAGAAGGUCUACUACUGAAGCUGUUUAUGGUUGUGGCGACGAAAAAGAAAAUGCGACGUCAUUGCAACUACGGAUCGGUGUUCGCGGAAUUUGCACUCUGUCUAUGGCAUGGAUUGGGAUCAUCGAGUCUAGGAUCAGAUCAAUAAAGGAUCUACCAAAAGCACUGUCGUGCAGUGCAGUAGUUGUGUCAUCAGCAAUGAUAUUUUUUCUCAACGGUAGUUGAGUGUGAAAUGAACCAGAAUAAAGUUUAUGAUACGAAA